GAUUUUACUGGGGUUGUACAGAGUUAAAUACAAUGUAGCUACUCUGUAUCGGCGUAAAUCGUGUUUUUGUUACGUUAUAGACGACCGGCAUUGAUGUGAAACCUCCUGAACUUCUGCAAAGUAGUUGACCUCCCUUCUGACGAGUUUGCAUUUUCAACAUUUGUCCGAUUAGCACGUUUAUGAAAGCUGAAUGUCUGAAAUGGCUGCUGAGCCUUGGCCUGAAACUGCAACCUUGUACCAACCGCUGAAGGAGGAUCAGAUUCUGCUUUCAGACUGUGCCUCAUCUCUUGCUGUUCAGGCCUACCUCAGGAUGUGCGGUCUACCAGUGCAGGUGGCUUGCAGAGCAAAUGCUGAAUACAUGUCACCUUCCGGUAAGAUUCCCUUCAUCCACGUAGGGAACCAGGUGGUGUCAGAACUGGGUCCGAUAGUGCAAUUCACCAAAGCCAAGGGUCAUUCUCUGAGCGAUGGCCUGGAUGAUGUUCAGAGAGCAGAAAUGAAAGCGUACAUGGAGCUGGUCAAUAACAUGCUGCUUACUGCUGAGCUCUACAUCCAGUGGUGUGAUGAUGCCACAGCUGCUGAGAUCUCACGCCCCAGAUACAGCAGUCCUUACUCGUGGCCUCUCAGUAACAUCCUCGCCUAUCAGAAGCAGUGGGAGGUUCGCAGGAAGAUGAACGCCAUCGGCUGGGGAGGGAAAAACCUGGAGCAGGUUUACGAGGAUGUGAGUCAGUGCUGCCAGGCUCUGUCCCAGAGGCUGGGAACACAACCGUACUUCUUUAACAAACAGCCUACAGAACUGGAUGCUUUGGUUUUUGGUCACCUCUUCACUAUACUGACCACCAGGCUGACCAGCACUGAGCUGGCAGAGCGGAUCAAGAGCUACAGCAACCUGCUGUCCUUCUGCAGACGCAUCGAACAGACCUACUUUGAAGACAAGAGCUCAUGAAGGACAACAUCUCUGUAUCAUCUCAACUCAUACAUUCUCCCAUUCCCUCGAUGUAGCACUAUGCUAAAAACUGCUUACAUUCACACACCUGUCCCUUUUGCUUCGUGCUUGUAUAUUGUUGCAUGCUGCUGGUAGAAGUCCAGAGGAGCCAGAUCUUUUAAGAUCUGCACAUCGAUAAAUAUACCAGGAAAUGAGUUCUUUACGAUAAUUCCACCUAUGGCUAAUUUCAAAAUACACUAAAGUCACAGUAAAGAUUAAUCUUAAAAUGUAUUUACAGCACAUGUUUUCCAUCUAAACACAGAAUAAAGCCAGUCAGUCUAAUCUGCAUAACUGUUUUAGCUUCAGGAAGCCACCAAAUGACUGACCAUAGAGCCUUUACAUUUCCAGCAUUAUGGCAAUGAAAUAAGAAUAUUACUAAGUUAACUCUUCAUGGCUCCCAGGAGGAGGUCAGAAGUCACUGUUAGCUGCAGAAGCUCUGGCAGGGAUUCAGGCACCAGGGCACUUCAGCAGGGUGGAUGCUUCCCAAUUCAGAGGCAUAGACUUAUUUAUAUGCUCUUAUUUUUCCAUUGUUUGCACACACACGAAUGCUGUCUGCUCUGACAUGUAUCAUAAUGCAUUUACAAAAAGCCACAGACUCUCAGAGAGGCUGGAUUUCACAGCUGUGCGGCAUAGAUGCCUUUCUUUCUUCCCUCCAGGAACUUUAGAGGCUUGUAAAAAUGUGAGGCAGUGUUGACAUACAUGCUUUUCUUCUGUACAAAAAAACACAUGAACAUAAUGAUGAUGAAGAGGAUGUGAUUUAUUGUUUAGCUUUUCCACCGUUGGUUUCUGUGUGUGAAUUGAAAGUGCCUACAAAAUAAAAGUCACUG